AACACUAACACUGAGGGAAGGAACUGGAUGAGACGAGGCUUGAACGAUACCCGGAAUGAACAACACCUCCACAGCACUUUCCUCGCCUCAACCAGGAUGAAGCUCAUGGCGUUCUUUGUGGCCCUCAGUUCGGUUGUGAUGGCUGGAUUUAUUUAUCAGGCCAUGAAACAGGAGUACAACCUGCGUAAUAUGAAAACCCGCAUGGCGGAGAACACGGCAGACUUCCAGAGGAACGAGGUGGCCAUUGACGAAUUGAAAACCAACUACCAGAUCAUGAUGAAAGCGUUGAUGGCUGUCAACAGUCAUACAGUUGAGCUAAAUGAAAAGAAGAAAGACCAUGAAACAAUGGCACAGCAAGUCAGUGAAACUAUGCAGACCUGUAUCAAUGAGAAGGCAGAUGCUGAGCAUAAGAAGGCAGUCACAGGAGAGGAAAUUGUAAAACUCAAAGCGGAUCACAGCGUGGCUAAAGAGAAUGCUGAAAGGGACAUUCAGCAGUUGAAAAAACUGAUUUUGGAUAGAGACACAGCUAUUUGUGCCUUUGCAGACAUAACCAAGGUGGAAGCAAGGAAUCUGUGUGCGAUCCAUUAAGCUCAAAAAUAAAAACUCAAACACUCAACAUUGAAUGUGAACUUUUAAUAAAAGAAACACGCCAUGCAAAUGAGGUUAGCUUUUGUUCUAUCACGGACGUGAGUAGAGCUCUGUUUGUUCCUUUUGAGAAGAUCAGAAAUAUGUUGAUGAAAACAAAACCAGUUCAUACAUGCAUUCAUUGGACAAAAGGCACAGGAACAAGGAAAUGUGUUGAAUAGGUUUAUAUCAUUUUGUUAUGUGAUUGUGUUGGUGAGCUUUACAGUGGUUCUCAAUUGGGGGUACGUACAUGUACUCCUGGGGGUACGUGAUAGUAAUUUAAUCAAUAUUCAAUCAAAUAUAAGUGUAAGUUCAUAAAGUGAAUUCUAUAUAUUCUAUAUUAAAUCAGACACUGAUGGCAUAGCGCUGUGUAUUUCAUCUUUUCUUUUGCUUACCAAAAAGGUUUUGCACUGGUCAGUGGGUACUUGGCUAUAAAGAAAAUGUCACAUCACUGUUCUAGUAGAUUAUUAUUUUUUUCUUUAAAAUUGACAAAUACUUGUAAAUUACAGUCCUUCACAAAUAUA